AUGCUCAUAAAAAGUCAAGGGCCAUCCAUUGUCAUCGACGGCAUGUAUCGAAAACAAGGCUCGGUGUUCGAGGCCUCAAAAUGGCAGAAGUUCUUUGAGCACGCAUCCACCACCGAAGCAGAUCCAGAUUUGAGUCUCUGGUGGGAGCUCUUCGGAGCCAUCAGUUUCAUGCCGGGUAUUCUCAAGGAUAUGAGGCUUCUCUUCACAGGUUUCUCAUCUGCCCCCGAGUACACGAAACGAGCUACAGAGAUCCUUCAACGUACAAGGAACAUGCACUGCGCUUUACAUGAAGGCCAUACGCGCUAUCACCGCAGUCUCCCACAUCUACCGUCCCUCUUCGACCUCCCCGUCUCCGCUGAGUCCUCAGAUCGAGUUCGCCUCCGCGGGUUCUUCCUAUAUGUCAUCAUGUAUAUCAGCCGUGUUCUGGCGACGCUCUCUCCCGACGAAGCUGAGAGGGCGGGCAGCGAAGUUGAGGCGCAAACCUUUGCCACGCAGACUUUACUGAUCGAACGGAUGAGUGCGAAGCUCGAUCCGGCUAUGGCUUGGCAUCUUGAGCAGCGAAAUGACCUGCCUUAUUCGAUUCUGCGAACGGGGGAUGAGUGGUUGACAGACGGAGACCCUGGAAUGUCUUGGGAAGAGCUCAAGACGUUUCUGCAGCAGCGGUGGCUGAGAUGGGAGGAUUCGUGGAGAGACGGAGUGUUGGCAGCAGAGCUGACCGUGACCGAGGUCUUUGAUUGA